AUGUCUUUAAAAGCCAUAGCACUCUACGACUGCGAAGCCGAUGAUGACGCAGAACUGUCUUUUAAGAAAGGAGAUAUCUUUACUAACGUGGUUGAUGCUAGUGAUGAAGGGUGGAUCGAAGCUACAAAAGAAGGGACAAACGAGCGUGGUUUCGUGCCGAAAGACUAUGUUGAAAUAAAAGAACAACCAAAACCUCCACCACGACCGUUUCGAAAAAACACGAACAUAAAUAAUGGCGUUAAAAUAUCGUCCAACGCAAGUCCGCCCGCACCGCCAAAGGUAGAAAUACCAAAUGGUAGUACAGUUAAUUCAGAACGCCCACCUCUAAUUAGCAGCAAACCAAAAAAAUUACCUACUGGUGCAUUAGCUUUAUUUGAAGGAAAUGGAAGCAACAUCAACAGUAACAACUCUACAGUUUCUAGUCGAUCGCUAAAUAAACCCGCACCCCCGCCUAAGCCAAAAGUUUUCCCGAUAAUGAAUAAUCUUCAAGAGAGCGAAAAUGAAGCUGAGAUUGUGCUUCCUUCUGUUAGUGAACGAAAGAAGGCAUUAGAACAGAAAGUUAAUACGAGCACUUCAAAACCUUCAAUUUUUAAAGAACUUUCCUCUGAAAAAUCCGAAACUAAAAUUGGUUUUUCACAAAGGCCAUCAGAUAUCAAAAAUCAAAUAGAAUCGCAAGAUGAAGAUGCGGAACCUCAACUGUUGCGUCCAUCUGCUUUAAAAGAGAAACAAAAACCGGCAAUACCCGCAAAACCAUCAAUAUCCUCAAAACCCGCAAUACCCUCAAAACCUAUCAUCACACCACCAAUACUUGGAAUUAAACCUUCCCUAAAUAAAACGAAUCCGACUGUACCUGCUCGAAAUGGAAAAAGUCAUACUCAAACUUCAGAUUCAGAUGAUGAAGUAACAUCUUCAAGAUCAAAUUCUUUAUUCCCGAAAUCAGAAACACAAAAUAAGCGACCGCCUCUUCCUCCAAGAAAACUCUCAGAUACGAGUGAAUCCUCAGAGAAAAUAACUAUCCCACCAAAGAUGCCGCCAAGGCCUUCCACUGUAUCAGAGAAAACAACAGAGUCUGUUGUUCUGUACCAAUCCAAAUUUAAUAAUAGACUUGAGGAAGCAGAAACGGGUGCUAAAUCAAAAGUACAAGAUCAAGCCGCGAUAGGAGCAAGAAAAGGUGUUUCUGCCGGGUUCCAAGAAGGACAAAACAAGCUAACUCAGAGAUUUGGUAGAAAAUUACCAGGUCAAGAUAAAAUAUUUAACAAAGCUGAAAGUCUCGCGCAGGCUGAAGCGGAUAAACAAGCACGUGUAGCUGCUGGUGAUGCAUUUGAUGAAAACAUGGAAAAUGCGAAAUCAAAUGUAAAAUCAAAUGCAAAGUCAAAAUACGAAUCUUCUGAGCUGAAAAGCAAUGGUUCUAUUAGAGGAUUUUCAACCCCAAAACUUCCCAAUAGUGUAAAAGGAUUUAAAAUCACUACAUCCGAAUCAGAAAGUACCUCUUCAUCUGCACCACCCCCAUUACCUGCUCGGAAAAAAAACCAACUUAUCAAAGAGCAACGGAGAUAA